AUCAAGAUAUUUUGCUCAAGGAGAUCAAGUCAAUUUACUGUUACCAGAUUUCAGUAACAAACUGUUUUACAAAUGGCAAGGUCCAUUUACCAUCACCAGAAAGAUUUCCAACCUGCUUUAUGAAAUCAAUGUCAACAAGUCAACCAAAGUAUUUCAUGUUCAUAUGUUUGAACAUUACCAUGAAACAGAUAAUGAAGACAUCAAAGCAGAAGUUGAACAUUUUACAAGCUUAGCAACUAUUCCUGAGGAAGAAGAAACAUCAUCAACACCCAUUCCUGAGAUAGAUGUUUCAUUACCAGCAUCAAAUCAAAUUGACAUUCCAAAGGUCAUCACUCUGGAUGACAUAGCACUACAGCAAGUGAAGGACACUAAAGUGUUUACAGACCAUGCAGAUUUCUUUACCAGUGUUUCUGAGACAUUUCCAGUACUGCAUUUUGAAAGAAACUCAGAAAGCAAUAACAUUGACAACACCAAGUUUCAUCCUCCGUCCACUCAAGGGGCAACUUUUCUUCAGAAAGGAACAAAUGAACUUCUUCAACAUUGCUGUAUCGACGGAUUGAACUCAGACAUGUUCAGUCAUUGCUCUAUUGAACAUUCUAAUGCAGGGCAUUCUGAUACCAUUGUUCUACAGCGUCAAUGUUCAUCAACCAGAAAAUUGAGUUUUGGUUUCGGACAGUUCUUAUUUUCACCAAACUCAAACGUGGUUCAAUCAGACAUUAUCUGUGAGAUCAUUAUGACAUGGAGACAACAGCUUCAUAAACUGAAAGACCUUUUCUUCAAGUUUAGAAAACGCACAUGCACAUCCAUGUCGGCAAUUCAGAAGGGUUCCGAACUUUACAUUUCUACUCUACAUAUGUACUAUAGCAUAUUUAGUGUCACUUGAUCCAUUAUCAUUCAUACUCGUCAAGGAAGAACAGUAUUCAGUUGUACUUAAUCAAUUAAUUUGUCUACUCAUUUUUUCCACAGGAGUUCUAUAUCAGAUGUUGUAUUUAUUUCAGCACCAAGCAACCCACUGAGGAAAGUCACUCAUUCAAGAUACUUUGUUUAUUAUGUUUCAGCAUCUUUGCAUAUGACAUGCAUCAGACAUUUUAAUUUUUAAAUCAUGAGUAUUUUAUUUCAGGUCGAAUAUUAUUGCAUAUAUCCUAUUAUAAUAGUACAGAUACAUGACAGACAAUUGGAAUUUUUCAUUGCUUCACACAUAUUGAGAUUUAUAUCACAUUGAGUAUUAUUUUCUCAGAAGAUUGUCAUGUACUAUCACAAUUAUUUUUUCUAUGUCAAUUUUUCAUAUGCAAUAUAUUUUUCCAUGUACACAUUUUCACAUUAGUACUAACAAAAUGAGUUAUAAUGUCAUAUUUUAAUAUUAUCAUGAAGCACCAUGAAGAGAAGUAACCUAUUCAAUUCAAGAUUUAAUUUAUCCAAGUAUUAUGCCUUGUACAACUUUUGAUAUUGUUCAUGACAAGCAUUGUCUCAUUUUCAUAACUACUUGAA